AUGUCCUCCAAGAGUGGAAAUGGCUCCCGGGCGCCAACAACCCGAGCAUCCACUUCGAUGCCUCUUUACAACACUGCAGUGCACUCUUCUCUGAACCCGCGGCCGGUGAUGUUGCGUGUACCUUUGCUCACACCGAGUCGCAAUGAGGCGGAGGACGAAAAUGCGGAUGUUGGUGAAAGCCGCUUGCAUGCGGCGGAUCCGCAAUGUGGCCCUGCCACUGCAAUUGACAGGAGUAGUCGUUGUACGAAGGAAGGACGGGGUGCGGAUGCUUGUGAAGGGACCGACUUGAACAAAGGCGAUGCAAGAAUUUCGUUAAUUUCACCGCGAUCGCUUUGGCCACUUUCAGCAGGAGUGGGCGUGGCAGAAGGCCGUGAUCAACGCCGCGUCACAAAAUCAACGCCACCGGUUUUUUGUAGGCGCCGUAGUACUCUUGUGCUAUGCUCACCACGACCAUCCCCGCCGAGCAAGGGCGGCGUGGGUGUGGAGCGUCCUGAUGAGAAGGAGCUCAUUCCUGCCACCGUGAUUACUGAUGCUUCAAAAAUACGGCUGAGAACAGGUGGUGACAAUGAUCGUGUGGAGAUGAAGGAUAUCCUCCCUGCUGCCCCUCCCCGCCGCAGGGUAACAAGUCCCCUUCAGCAUCUCCUGGUCUACCAAAAUGAAGCACAGCGACAGAUGCAGGACUCUUCUGUAGGUCAUUUAUGCGGUGUUCAAGGGAGCUCGACACCCCCAUAUGGCGUUGCUGCAUCUACGCCGUUCUUGGAGGCUGAACUUCAACGACAAUCGCCCUUUGUACAAGGAGGCGAUGUGCAUUCAGCUAGUGAUAAAUGUCGUAUUUCGCCGACUUCUCUUCAGUUUUCCCUGCCUCGCGACGACAAAAGCGAUUCUUCCACUGAUACUUCCACUUUUGCGGCGCAAAUGCCCCUUAUUAACACUCGAAUAAGCCCUCAGCGGAACUGGAUGUCUCCCCUACCCAAUAGCAGGGCUGUGUCUUCGCUGGCACUUGGAAAUGAGGACUGCUCUACAUCAGAAGAAGAUAAUGGAAACAGCAAUAAAAGGGCGACAUCACAACCGGUUCCUUGCUUUGGUCCGGUGCCAUCCGGCAUGAUGACUCGAGUUGCCGGUAAGGCAAGGGAUAACGCUCGAUCGUCUCGGGCCUUGCGCGGUUCCCUUGUUCCUUCCGCAAGACCCUCUGACACGGUGGCGAAGCGUCGAACUCGGUCAGCAAUUCCGGCAAAGACCGAUAUCAUGAGGGCAUUUCAUGUCUUGGAAAUACAGAAGAAAACGCUGGUACUGAUGGAAUGCGAAGAUAAGCAGCGUCGUAAAAUCAUUAAUAAAUACGUGCACGCCACACGUGGGAUACUCGUGAAUUAUACCUUUCGACGUUUUUUGAUUCUCGCACAGGAUGAGACAGCGUCAUCUUCUCUUUCACGUAGUCGCAAAGUGGCAUCCUCUUCUUCAGAGGCGGAAACAACAAGGCGAACAAGCGAGAAUGUGGCGAAGAAGGAAGGAAAGAAAGUGACGACUGGUUUAGAGGUGCCUGGUCCACUGCCAUAUGCUUUGAUGCGAGAAGGAUCCGGCUCUUCUUCAUCAAGGUCAUCCAGAUGGCGUAGUGCGGCUUCUGGUGCCAAUAUAAAUGCUCGGGAGUACUCAACGCCUUCUUCUACAGGUGGCAGCCCUAACGUGCAACAGUAUCGAGGAAAGGGGAAAGAGUUAACUGCGAAGGGGUAUAUUUCUUCACGUUCCAUCUGUGAAAAUAAUUUUUUUUCAUGUGCGGCGCCUACCAUUCUUCUAGAAGUUGGUGAAAGUAUGAAGAAUAUCCACCAUGCCAUGCGCCGUGUUGAGGGGCAAAUUCUCCGUCUGCUUUCGGCAGAGAUAAGAUCUAGACAACGAGUGGUAGAAGUGGAGGGUGAAGCGUUUCAUUUCCUUUUAAUUUAUCAUCGUCUUUUUGAGACGGCACUGCAGCCUUCUUUUAUUUACUUACAGGAGGCAUGCCACUGGCAGAGCAUCGUGACGGAGGCAACUAAUGCAUUUCAUCGCCUACAAUGUAUUCGACAUAAUUGUGAGCUUCAGCAAAAUAUUCGGAGUGCUCGUGUUUAUGCCCGACAUGUGGCAACGGUGGUAGAAGAAGAAACUCGCAUCCGCCUCAUGCUUAUUCAGCAAACAGAGUCCCAGGAAUAUCAUCGUUUGACACAGCAAUUUCAUUUGGGUUUGGCAGCACUUUUGGAGCUGAACAUGUGCAGCCAGCGACGCUUUCUGCAGGAAGUAAGUGAAGAGAUGGAAACCACCGCAAUCCAGGAGAUGCGGGGUCGAGAAGCGUUGUGGACGGAAGAGCUCCGGCAGAGAGGAAUUUUGUACCGAUGUUUUGAGGUUGAAUACGGAAAUCAUAAAUUGUGUCAUUUGGAUAUGCCACUCUUCACGCACAGGAGGAAGGAGGAAUUGGCUGUGAAUGCGUCGAUUGAGUUAAGCUCCAUAAUGGGUGGGAACGACGAAAACUCGUGUCUCAGCCACGUGGAGGCUUCUUCUGCAACGCCACUAGAGGUCACGAUAGCAAAUGUAAAAACAUCCUCAACCGUGCAAUCUGUCAAGUGCGGUGGUGCUCAUCUUUUUGCUAUUGACACUGGGGAACACGACACUGCCCGAGAUGCAUUCUGUUUGAGGAGUGGGGAACAGGCUGCACAAGUGGAACGCGAGUUUUUCCAGUGGAGCUCGACAUCAAACACUUUACCCACCACGACGAAUAAUACGACGACAGGCUCUGCCACAGUUGUUGUGGGCGGUGGAUCUCAUUCUUUACAAAACACUUCAAUAGGUGAAAAUAGGAAGCCGCAGACAGUAUCAUCGCCGCAGCCACAGACUGUUUAUUGCCCCAGUGCUACUUUGCACUCGGGUACAUCUUCUCUUCAGAUUAAUUCCGCUGCGGAGGAAAAGGGUGAUAGGGGUGAAAAAAAAAGUGUCGAUGCAUGUGUUGACGUUCCCGUUCGAGUGCAUGGAGGAGAUGUCGAUGCGUCCAUAGAAGUAUUGGAUUUCCCUGUUGAUUCAUCGGAGUUGCAGAAAUCAGUGUCAUCUAAUUCGAUUUCUAAGGCGUUGCGCCGUGACGUUGCUGUUUCGGUCAAUAUGUGUUCACUUGACACCUCACGAAGCGGAAUGGAAAGUCAUGCGACACCAAUGAACAGGCACAUCGUUCCGUGCUCCUUGAAAUGCUGUAGAUCUCGCAAUGGAGCACGGUACGAUGCCAGUCCGUCCCCUUUACCUCAAAAAGGCAGGGGUCGACAAAGAAUGGUGUCGUGCGGAACCCAAUUGACCCCACCUACUAGACGCCCUUACAGCGACGAUGUUAUCUUUGAUCGAGCGCCGCAUCGGAUCUCUGCGAAAAUUAGAAUUGAAGAAGUAGCGCCUUCGAAAGCAAAGACAGGGUCGAUGAAUGAAUCAUUCAAUAGAGCUGUGAGCACGCAUUGUUCAUCAUCCGCAUCAUCCUGUCAACGAGAAGCUGUCGUGCGAGAGAAUAGUCGUCAAGGGUAUGUAAAGGAAAUGGGAGACGGUGAUGAAACAUUUGAAAAAAUUGAGAGCAUUGACGACACUUUUCACACUGCAGUAGGGGUGGAUGAACACGCAACACAUGGGGAUGAGGAAGCAUUUCUUGUUGAAAAUAAUUCAACAUCCUCUCAUAGUCCCAAAACGGUUCACCCGACCGAGAAGGCUGUAGAACUGCAAGAAAGGAGUAAGGGUAAUUUUUCUACGGGAACUGCACAGCGUGAGGGUGACACGUUUCCUGAAUAUUCUCUCUCCACCAUGUUAGAGAACACGGCAGCUGCGAGCGUAGAUCCUUACGAAACGGAUGUUCGAAUGGUAAAGGAAAAUCCCGCUCUCACGGCUGUGGAAAUAACCACUGUUUCCUCUCCAUCUUCAUGCAGUCACAGCGUGAGCGCAACUACGGGGUUGAAUGAAUUAUCUGAUGGGGAUGCUAAUGGCGAUAAUUGCAUAAAUGACGAAGAAGACUGUGGUGGUGAGUCUUAUAUGUCUCCCAUUGUGGUACAAGCCAAUGCUUUUCAGGAAACAAGGAGAAACACUGUGGGUGCCUACUACCCUCCGCUUAAUUACAUGCGUCCCACGAUGUCGUGGCGGAGACAACACGAAGGACUUGAAUGGCCAACAAGGCUUCGUCCUUCGCAAGGACGUAGCCGUAGCGUGACAUCUAAUUAUAGCCUGCGAUCAGGGAAUGAACGAAGCUGGAAAGAAAACACUUUAGUUCACUUGAUACGUAUCCCUUUCGAAGAAGGUCCAGGUGUAUGGGGAGAUGUCGAGAUGCCGCGUAGGCCAUUUGGCUAUGAUGCUUUGGGAAACAAAGCCUACGAGAUGACAAAUGCCGUUUGUUGCCGAGCACCCGUCACUACCACCAUCUCCUCCUCGGUUCGAAGAAGAGAUGCGGCUUGUCGAUUCAUGGCGGAGGGAUCUACAAGCCGCAGUCCUUCACGUGCAAGAAGUUCAAUUUCGUGCCACGCGAAUGGCACCCCAACAGCAGAGAAGGAAAACCAGGAGUUUUUUGAAGAUCCCACGACACUGGAGAAUCUUUGUGGAAUAGUUGGGCGGAAAUUUGUCUCACCACAGCAUAGAAUAACUGCUACGAAUGCUGACAGGGUAUCUACCACUAGAAGAUUGAGGUCGAUUACGCCUUCGUAUGUUGAUGCUUUUUAUAAACUUGACCGUGAGGUGGCGGGACGUAAGCGUUUUCUUGCUUCCCUGCGUCAUGGUCCGACACUGCGGGAGUCCUCUCGGAGAGCAGCGACAACUCCAUGUCGUCAGCAUUCCCAACAUCCGUAUCGACGCAGCGAUGGUGGGAACAUUAGUGGUCGUGGGUUGACUUUGUCUCCAGGUACUUCCUGCAUGAACUUUUCUUGUUCCCCGUGGAGCCCGAAACCGAAACCGAAACCGUGGCGUUGA